CCGCUAUCCUGACAAUGGUGGUGUCAUCAACUUUGCCUCCUGGUUCUCCUUUGCCUUCCCCACCAUGCUCGUGUUACUGGUUUUGGCAUGGAUUUGGCUGCAGAUCCUGUACUUGGGCUUUAAUUUUAAGCAGAAUUUUGGUUGUGCUGCAAAUCCCUCUGCAAAGGCUAAGGAGCAAAGGGCCUAUGCCAUCAUCAAGGAAGAGAGCAAGAAAUUGGGCAAAAUGAAGUUUGCAGAAAUAGCAGUUUUGAUCCUCUUCAUACUCCUGAUACUGCUCUGGUUUACAAGAGAACCUGGGUUCAUACCAGGCUGGGCAACAGUUCUCUUCAACCAAAAUGGUGAAAGCUACGUCACUGAUGCUACAGUUGCCAUCUUCAUUUCAGUUUUGUUGUUCAUCAUCCCUUCUGACUUUUCCAGCAGAGAAGAACAACACACAGGAGGCAAGUCAAAGUUCCGAGCACCUCCUCCUCUCUUGGACUGGAAAGUAGUUCACCAGAAAAUGCCGUGGAACAUUGUGUUUCUGCUGGGAGGUGGCUUUGCCUUAGCCAAAGGCAGUGAGGAAUCUGGUCUGUCUGCAUGGUUAGGUACCAAACUGACUCCUCUGCAGCAAAUCCCUCACCCUGCCAUUGCUUUCCUGUUGUGUCUCCUGAUUGCCACUUUCACUGAGUGCACCAGCAACGUGGCCACCACCACCCUCUUCCUCCCUAUUCUGGCUUCAAUGGCUGAAGCAAUCUGCCUCAACCCACUCUAUGUCAUGCUGCCCUGUACACUUUCUGCAUCACUGGCAUUCAUGCUCCCAGUGGCCACUCCUCCCAAUGCCAUUGUCUUCUCAUAUGGACAGCUCAGAGUUAUUGAUAUGGCCAAAGCUGGAAUUGUGCUCAACAUCCUGGGAGUCCUGACAAUAACUCUUGCCAUCAACACUUGGGCUUCAUCUUUGUUCCAACUGCAAACUUUCCCAUCUUGGGCAAACGGGACAUGCCCAUAA